CGGGGCGGGGGCAAGUUUUCCCUCUUGGCCUCCUGUGCCCCGGCGCCGCCCGGACGUCGCGCGGGCCGCCGGCACCAUGAAGAUCUGGACCUCCGAGCACGUCUUCGACCACCCUUGGGAAACGGUCACCAUGGCAGCAAUGCAGAAAUACCCCAACCCAAUGAACCCCAGCGUGGUGGGCGUCGACGUCCUGCACAGGCACGUGGACCCGGCCGGGAAGCUGCACAGCCAGCGGCUGCUCAGCACCGAGUGGGGCCUACCCUCUGUCGUGCGAACGAUAAUUGGUGCAGCAAGAACCAAAACGUACGUGCAAGAGCAUUCUGUAGUUGAUCCUGUAGAGAAAACAAUGGAGCUGAAGUCGACGAAUAUUUCCUUUACAAAUAUGGUGUCAGUCGAUGAAAGACUCAUAUACAAACCCCACCCUCAGGACCCAGGGAGAACCGUGUUGACUCAGGAAGCCAUCAUCACCGUGAAAGGAGUCAGCCUCAGCAGCUACCUCGAGGGCCUGAUGGCGAACACGAUCUCGUCCAACGCGAGUAAAGGCCGGGAAGCCAUGGAGUGGGUGAUACACAAAUUAAACGCCGAGAUCGAGGAGUUGACGGCCUCCGCCAGAGGAAGCAUCAGGACGCCGAUGGCGGCAGCGGCGUUGGUGGAGAAAUGACAGUGAGACCCAGCUGCAGCACUGGGUCCUGGGCUCCACGUUGGCAGGAUAUUUAUUUGUUAUUUAACAAACACAACUCUUAAUGUAUGUAGACCUUUUUUAAAAAAAAAAUCUAGAGAGUCUAUAUAACUUUUGGUCGAAACCACAAAGUACAGAGGGCUGCUAACUUAAGGGAUCAUUCCCAAAUAGUGUUGUUCGAAAUGACCACCAAGUUUUGAGGGUGCCAGUGUUUAUGGGGAAAUAGAACAAUUGGGGUGGGAGCAGGAGGGGAUGCUUUGAGAUUGGUGUUGGCAUAUUAAGUCUCGUGAAGGUAGAUUUGCAAGCUGUCUGUACCGGGAACUCUUCCCGGCUGUGGACCAACCCCGGAACAAAGUAGCGCUGCUGCCCUGACUUCCACAAGAUCCCAGGGAACCUUCCCGCAAAGGCAGAAACAAUCCGACUUUAAAAGCCAUAUUCACUUGACUACAAGAUCUAGCUCUGCUAUAAACCACCGUGAAAGAAAAACACAGUGUUUUGAUUGGGCACCUAAAUGCUAUUUUUGAAGUGAAGGUAAUCACUAAAGUCCUAUAUGAUCCCAAACUCACCCUACCCCCCACCCCCCAAAAGAGAUUUUUAUUGUAUUAAAGAGUACUGUACUGAUUUGCCAAAGUUUCGAACCUGAGUAAAAGCUGUGUGCUUUCCACCGUCUCUGCUGUCAUGUGCGGUGCUGUGAACUGAAAAAUAAAGUCAUUACCUGAGGUUUUUAGCACUUGGAAUGUAAACAGAACAGCUGUUCACAUCUCUUAGCAUUUCACAUUUGCCUAACUUAUAAAUUGCCAUGUGUCAAAAUCAUAGUUCUGUAAUUGCUAAAGCAUGAUAUGUCAGGUUAUUUGAAUAUAAUUACUUUUUGAAGUAAUUGUGACCACAAAACAUCUCUUUUCCAUGAAGAGCUGUACAUCAUUUGAAAUUACUCAAAUGAUGUCUUCAGCUGAAGCAUCAGUUCCAGGUACUUAAUGUCUUGAAUAAUACGGUGUCGCUGUGGGGUGUCGGGGCGGUGGGGGGGGAAGGAACCGGAGAAAGACAGGGAUUGACCUAAGCUGAGCACUGAUGACAUUGCCCGGCUCCUCUUAUUUAUGGGAAGGCAUUCUUUGGGAUGCCAGAGGGCAGCGGCAGGUGGGAAAACAAUGCAGUAAAUAUAUUUUGUUUCUUGCUUGGUAGCAGGUAAUUAUCGGCACUAAAUAAUGUACUUGCGACUUGCAUCCAGGGGGGGUUUUGUUAAAAGGUGAUUUGCUCUUGACUUUAUCUUGACACUAAGCGAUAAACUUGUAUCAGGUUUCCUAUGAAAAAGACCGGCUGACCCAUGUCCAGAAGCCGCGGAGUACAGAGACCUAUUAGAAAUUGUUUAUUUUUAUGUAGAACAUUGUUCAGCUUAAGGCAUCAUAGGACAUUUGUAAGUUUAAAUCCAAUAAGGUUUCUGAGUUUGUUUGUUAACCAGAGAUGGUUUUUACAACCGAAAUAACAACUUCAGCCAAACAAAAAGCAUUGCUAAAUAGUGAUAGUUGAUUUUUAAGUUGCCUUGUGUGGUUUUUGUAAAUUGGACUUAAAAAGGGUGCAAUGUCCUAAUGUUAGGAGUUUUCUAAAAUCGUCAUCUUUUUAAAAUAGUAGUCCACAGCUUUUACCCUAUGAAAUAGGAAAGUACACAGCAAGCAGUUGCAUUCUAGAGGACAAACGAAUACACUGUUGAACAUCGUGUUCAUCUUAAGAAUGUAAGGUGUGGAUUCAGGGAAAGCUUUCUCGUUAAUAAAAACGUCCUAUUAACUA